CCUUCUCCAAGCGUUUACUAAAACAUUCCAGUCAAGUUAGGUCCCCCGUAGGUUGGCUCCUCCUCACACCGAGACACAAGGAAAGUGCGACCUGUCCUUCCACAACAUGAGGGCUUUUUUCAUCCUUGUCACCUUAAUAUGCCUGGCUGAAUCCCAGCACCAAGCCCUGAUGGACUACCUGGAACGGCGUCUGUUAGCUAUCGAGGACCGUAUCUCAAUAUGGCACGAGCAGACAAACCGCUAUGCCACAGAGCUGCGGGAGUUCAAGCAACAGAUUGUGGCACAGAUAGAGACCCUGGAAAAGGACAAGGAGACCUUGAAGACAGAUCUGGACAGCAUGGGCACGCGUGUGGACCGAGUAGAGCGUGAGAUGGACUACCUGGAGACGCAGAACGGGGCGCAGCCCUGCGUGGACGUGGAUGACAAGCUGGUGGAGCAACAGGUGACUGUGGUGAAAGAGAAAAACAAAGCCAAGUACGCCAAGGCCACAGACUGCAGUGACAUGAUCUCGAGCAUCAAAGCCAUGAAGAUCUUGAAGCGAGUUGGUGGCCCAAAGGGCAUGUGGACCAAAGAUGCAGGUAGUGGCUCAGGCAAGGUCUAUGUCUUCAAUGGUACAGAAGAUGACACCAUCUAUGAGUUUGGCUCCAUCCGGGACUUCACCACCUCCCAGGGCACUUCAAUGGCGAAGACCGUGAAGCUGCCUUCCCCAUGGCGAGGCAGCGGUCACACCAUCUACAACAACCAUGCCUACUACUUGAAACAGGGUAAGGAGCUACGGCUAAUCAAGUACGACCUGAGGAAUGGCUCUGUGGUGGAUAGUGCUGUGUUCCCUAUCCGCGACCAUGUCCCAGUGUACAGUCUGACCCCAGAGACUGUCAUUGACCUGGCCACAGACGAGGAGGGCCUUUGGGCCAUCUACGCCACCAAGGAGACUGAGAAGCAAAUCUCUCUGGCAAAGAUGGACGCCAACACACUGGACAUUGAGCAGAUGUGGGACACGCCGUGCCCAAGGGAAAACGCUGAAGCGGCCUUUAUUAUCUGUGGCACAGUGUACGUGGUCUACAACACUGCGAUGCCCAGCCGCUCUCGUGUCCAGUGCGUCUUUGAUGUCAGCGAUAUGGUGACCAAUGAUGACGCCCCACUAGUGUACUUCCCCAAGCGCUACAGCUCUCACUCCAGUCUCAACUACAACCCGUUGGAGCAGCUGAUCUACGCCUGGGACGAUGGCUAUCAGAUUCUCUACAAGCUGGCCAUGAAGAAGAAACUAGAGGUAUGAGCUCAGCACCGCAGGACAAGCAUUUUUGAAAACCACAUCUUUUAAACCUUUUUCCUGGCUAUGCCUUUACCCUAAAUAAAAAAAAAAACAUCUUUGCAUAAAA